AUGAAUUCUAACUGGCGAAAACCUCGUCUUGACCAUAUCACCACAGACGAACUGAGGCUAUGGAAGGUGAAUAUUCCUAUCAAUGAUAAAGACCUGGAAAAUGCUGAAAAUAUCAAGAGUUGUCCAUUCAAAACUGCUGGAGGAUAUUUUCAUGAAUCAAGUCAAGACAUCCACAUCAUCGUAAAACCGCCUGCCACCACUGACGAGGAUAUGAUUUUAGAUCUUAUCAAUAACUCACCAACGAUCAACUUGCCACAAACUGACGAGGGUACAACUAUCUAUAAUCGAAAAGGCAGUGACAAGGCAUAUUUCGGAAAAUUAAUGUUAGUGGAGCUCUUUAAACAAAAUAAACAAGUUCUGAUGAAUUAUAAAGGUUUUAUUGAUCCUAAAGAUAAAAAUUAG